CGCCCGCCCCGCCGCCGCGCCCCCGUCGCCGCCAGCCGGCCCGCCGCGCGCCCGCCCGCGCCGCCCGCCCCGCCCGGGCCGCGCCCCCCUGGCGCUGCGCCCCCCCGCCCGCCCGCCGCGGCCGCGCCCCCGCCGGCGCCGUGGGCCCGCCAUUCGCCCGGCCCGCCGGCCCGCCCCGCUUGCCGCAGCCCGGCCCGCGCCCGCCGCGUUCAGCCGCCCGCCAGCGCCGCCCGCUGCCCCCGCCAGCCGCGCCGCCGCGCCGCCGCGCCGCCCGCCCGGCGCCAGCCCCAGCGGCCGCCGCCGCCCGUGAUCGAUUUCGCCGCAAAGAACGCCAGUCGCCCGCCACGCGAGUCGCCACGCCCGCCUUCAGCACAGCCCGCAGCCGCCGCCGCGUUUCAGGAAGUGCCGCAUGGUGCCCCGCCGAUGCCCGCCCGCCGCCCGCCCGCGUACGGCCCGCCGCGCCGACGGCCACCAGCGCGCCAGGCCCAGACGACGCGCCGCAUACCGCGAAGGCACCGCCGUGGCCGGCCCGCCCGCCAGCGCCACCGCCGUACUUUGAUGCGGCCAGCGCCCCGCGCGCCAGGUGUCAAAGAGCGGUGGCAGCGGCGCACAGUGUCCAACCACGCCCGCACCGUGAGGCGCAACCAUCCGGUACGAAGCGGCGAUCAGUCGCUGCCCGCCGCCCGCCGCUGCAGGGCUGGCGCGCGGCGCGCCGCGCGGUGCCCGCCGCCACCCGCCGCGCGCGCCCCAGAACCGCCGGGCAGUCCUGCUCAGCCACCACCAGACGGUCCACGCGCCGCCCGCCGCCCGGCACAAUCAGCGCGCUGUGCCCGCGCCAGCCCGCUCGUCAGCCUGUUCAGCGGCGCGCGCCGGCGCGCGUCGCCGCAAGCGACCGCACCACCGACCGCCCGCCGCCGCCAGCCAUCCGCGCCGCUGCCGCCUGCCCGCCUUCGCCGCGCAGAGGCUUGUCAGGCACGGCGCCACGUCACGCAGCCCAGCGCCGCAGCGCCCACGGCGUCGCCAGGCCUGGUACGGUCCACCAGCCACCAGUCCCGCCGUCUGCCGCCGCGCCUGCAUGGCACCAGCCCGCCGGCCCGCCCGCCGUCACGGCAUCAUCCGUCCGGUCAGCGGCCCGCCAGCCGGCCCGCCGCCGCCGCAGUGGUAUGCAGCCCGUGCCGCGCCGCGCGCGGCUGGCGCCGCCCGCAGCGUCCAGUUCCGGAACGUCGACGCCAGAACCGCGAAAGAAGCGCAGGUCCGCUCAGCCUCAGAGCAGUGGUCAUGAGGCCUGGUUGGUCCGUCAGCGGUCCGCCCAACCACGGUCUGGCCCGGUCCACACAUCUGGCUGCCGCCAGCGUUGUACCACCACCAACCAGGCGCACGCCCGCCCGCCCUGCCCGGCGAGUUUCGCUGGUCGCCGGAACCGCAUUUCGCCGCCCGCAUGUUCCGCCCAGACCCACUGAUGCCACCAGCGCGCCCGACGCACCGCACCGCGGCACGCCCGCAUGUUGCCGCAGUCCGCCCGCCACGGCGCCAGAACCGCGACGCACCGCCCGCCCGCCCAACCAGGCCAGCCAACGCCUGCGGAAGCCGCCAGCCUGCGCGCCGACGCGCCACGCGAUCAACGCCCGACACACCGCCGCCGCGGCGUCCUCGCCAGCAGUUUUUCCGCCGCCACCGUCCACGCCGAUAGUCCGCUCACCAGCGCAGCCUGCAGCCGCCCGCCACGCCGGUUCAGGCGUGCCGUGCCUGCCUUCGGCACCAGCGCGGUGGCGGUUGACAGCCAGCGUGCCCGGCUAUUUCAGCGCAGGCAGGCGUGAUUAUCCCAGCCUGCGCCAGCGAAGGCCAGCUUUCGUGCCGAAAGCAAAGUCAGCAGCGUAG